AUGAAGUGCACGAUCGCAGUCAUCCUGUUCGCUCUGGCAGCCUCUGCCACUGCCGGCUUCCUUGGAGGCUACGGCGGUUAUGGCGGAGGCCUCGGCUACGGCGGAUUCGGAGGAGGCUACGGAGGAUACGGGGGGUACGGGGGAUACGGGGGAUACGGAUACGGCUUUCCAGUCGGCCGCGUCUUCGCCUACGGCUCCAUCAUCAAGCACGGAUACGGCGGUUAUGGUGGCUACGGCGGCUACGGUGGUUACGGCGGAUACGGCCUCGGAUACGGCGGUAUUGGCCUCGGAUACGGCGGGUACGGAGGCUACGGUGGCUUCGGGUUCAAGGGUUGA